UUUCUUUCUUUCAAUAAUUUUCUUCAAAAGCCAUAAUGGCAACAAUAUUAACACGAGAUGAUCAAUCCGACUACGAAAGCAGUUGCUCAUCCAUCACCGUCCCAGACUCGAGUCGGAGCUGGAUGAGCAACGUCAGCUUUGGGAGUCGCCGAAGCUCAGUCUCUGGCGACCCUUCACACAAACCACACAAAGCAAACCAAGCUGCGUGGGAAGCCAUGAAACGCUUGCGUGCGGAAAAAGGUGGUCAAGUUAGUUUAGACCAUUUCAAAAUCUUGAAACGGGUCGGGUCAGGAGACAUAGGGAAUGUGUAUCUAUGUCAAAUUCGUAACCCGGUUGUGGGCCUACCAAAUAGUUUGUAUGCAAUGAAAGUGGUGGAUAGAGAAGCCUUAGCUAUUAGAAAGAAGUUGCAACGGGCCGAAAUGGAGAAAGAAAUUUUAUCGGGUUUGGAUCACCCGUUUUUACCAACUCUUUAUGCUGAGUUUGAUGCUUCACAUUACUCAUGUUUGGUUAUGGAGUUUUGUCCCGGCGGUGACUUGCAUGCCGCCCGGCAACGGCGGCCCGGAAGGUGUUUUAGCAUUUCCUCUGCUAAGUUUUAUGCUGCUGAAACGUUGUUAGCGCUAGAGUAUCUUCACAUGAUGGGCAUAGUCUAUCGAGAUCUCAAGCCUGAAAAUGUUCUUGUUAGAGAAGAUGGUCACAUAAUGUUAUCGGAUUUUGAUCUUUCACUCAAAUGUGAUGUUGUUCCUAAACUUAUCCGCUCAAAACCCGAUUCAACUAGAACAGUUGAUUACGAUGAUGAGUGCCAUGAUCUAAAAUGCUCGACACCCUCUUGUGUCAUUCCUAUUCAACCGGUCCUCUAUUCGUGUUUUUCAUUGCGGAAAACCAAACACAACCCCGCCACCACCAUAAUCACGGAAAAUGUUGAGUGUCAAGAAUAUAGAACCGAGUUAGUUGCGGAACCCCUUAAUGCACGAUCAAAAUCAUUUGUCGGGACUCAUGAAUACCUGGCCCCAGAAGUAAUCUCGGGCCAGGGCCAUGGGGGUGCCGUCGAUUGGUGGACCCUAGGGGUUUUCCUGUAUGAACUAUUAUAUGGGAUCACACCAUUUAAGGGUGAGAACAAUGAGAAAACACUUAUCAACAUAUUGAAGAAGCCUUUAAGCUUUCCACGAAUUGGUGUAAGCACAAGUAAAGAGUAUGAAGAAAUGGUGAAGGUACAAGACUUAAUUGCAAGAUUGCUUGUGAAAAAUCCUAAAAAAAGAAUUGGAAGCUUGAAGGGUUCGGUGGAAAUAAAAAAACAUGAGUUCUUUAAGGGUGUUAAUUGGGCUUUGAUUAGGUCCGUUAGGCCCCCAGAGGUCCCAAAGGAGAUGAUGAAGAUUAGAAAUAGGGUAGUGGUACCCAAGCUAAUGACCAAGAAAGAAAGAGAUGCACCAUUUCAAAUCCCAAAUCAUCAUUUUGACUACUUUUAGAAGGGAUUUGUAUAUAGGAAACAACUAAUUCUAGGCUAGUGUCAUGCUUUUUUUUGUGUCAAAUUUUCAUAUUAAGAACUCUGUAUAAUUCUUUUAAACGUACAAAUUAUUAUAGCAAUGUUCUUUCGAA